UAUAUCAGUCGAUUACAUUCAGCAUAUUCGUUUCUGGAUGUGAUAAUAAUUUUUUAUCUUAUCGCCGCGGUUGAUUUAAAUAGUAGCGUGAAUUCAGUAAAUUUCACAGUUGCUUUGCAUAGUUCUACGUGAGCGUUUGGAAAUUGUUCUCGAGGAAUAUCAUGGCCAUUGGCGUGUUUAUUGUGAGUUUCAUCGUUGCCACCGUUGGCGUGUUCUAUUUCUACUUGAAGGGAGUGUACAAGUAUUGGAAGAAGCGCAAUGUUGAGUUUGUGGAGCCGUCCUUUCCCUUCGGAAACAUGAAGGACGUAUUGCUGGGAAGGAUAGACCUUGGAGGAGCACUUCUAGACUUCUACAACCAAGCCAAGGACAAAUUCUUUGGAAUCUACCUAAUAAAUAGACCGUGUUUGAUGAUCAAAGAUCCAGAACUGGUCAAAACCAUAAUGAUAAAGGACUUUGAUCACUUUGUCGAUCGUGGAAUCUUCAUCGAUGAGGAAAUCGAUCCACUGGCUGGAAACCUGUUCUCCCUAUCUGGACACAAAUGGCACAAGCUCCGCGUAAAGCUCACACCCACAUUUACCUCAGGAAAACUACGUGCUAUGUUCCCAAGUGUUAUCACAGCGGCGGAAAACAUGCAAAGGCACCUCUUGAAGAACAUUACCGAUCGAGGACAGGACAAUAUCUAUGAAGUGAGAGAUUUGUCGGCCAGAUUCCUCACAGAUUUAAUAGCGUCUGUGGCCUUUGGAAUUAACGUGGACAGCGUCACAGAUCCCAACACGCAUUUCCGCAAGAUGGGACAGAAAGCUUUGGCACCGACAUUCAGGAAUGGCACUGCCAUUGCCUUGUCUUUCAUGGCCCCAAAACUCAUGGAACUCUUCCGACUCAAGCAAGUUGAGGACGAUGUCGAGAAGUUCAUGAUUUCCGUCGUUGAGCAGACGGUAAAACAUCGCGAGAAGAACAACAUUUUCCGAGAGGACUUUAUGCAGCUCCUCAUUCAGCUCAGAAACAGUGGAAUAGUGAAAGAAGACGGAGACUGGAGUGCUGAAACUGUUGAUAAAUUGCAACAAACAAUGACUCUCAAUGAAAUUGCCGCUCAAGCAACAGUAUUCUUCUUUGCCGGCUUCGAAACUUCAUCCACAGUCAUGUCUUUCUGUCUUUAUGAAUUGGCAAAGAAUCGGGAGAUUCAGGAGCGCGUCUAUCAAGAGAUUAAGCAAGUUUUGAGUGAGAAUGACUCGAAAUACUCAUAUGAGAGUCUCAGGCAGAUGAAGUUCCUGGAAGCCUGCAUGGAUGAGUCAAUGCGAGUUUAUCCACCUGUUCCAAUGCUCCUUCGCAUAUGCACAAAAGACUACCAAAUUCCAGACACGAAUGUAAUAGUAGAAAAAGGAACAAACAUCCUGAUAUCGCUCUUAGGCCUCCAGAAAGAUCCAAAAUAUUUUGAAAAGCCAGAUGUCUUCGAUCCAGAACGCUUUCUUCCACAAAACCAGGAUAAAAUAACUCCCUUCUCCUUCCUGCCGUUUGGAGAUGGUCCCCGGAGCUGCAUUGGGGCGCGAAUGGGGAGAAUCAAUGCAAAAGUUGGCUUGGCCGUGCUUCUCUCUACAUUCCGCUUUGAAUUGGGUCCAACAAUGGGCAAUGAACUAAAGAUGCAUGCUAAUCAAGUCAUCAUGCAGCCCGUCGAUGGUAUUAAAUUGCGAUUUAUACCACGAGAAGUUAGAUAAAGACUUACCUGUGAAAA